AUGGCAGACGGUUUCAUCGUUCCCUCAUCAAGCAGACCCGAACUGGAUGCCCAGCGUCGGUUGCAAGGCCCAAUUCAUGCACAACGCCAUGUGCGCGUCGUGUGCAUCGGUGCCGGUGCCUCUGGCCUUUUGAUGGCAUACAAGCUGCAAAAACAUUUUUCAAAUUACAGCCUCCAAGUCUACGAGAAGAACCCAGAGGUUUCUGGUACUUGGUUCGAAAACAGAUAUCCGGGAUGCGCGUGUGACGUCCCAGCACACAACUAUACGUGGUCAUUUGAGCCCAAACUCGACUGGUCUGCCGUCUACGCUAGUUCAAAAGAGAUAUACACCUACUUUAACGACUUCGCGCACAAGUAUGGCCUCCACGAAUACGUAAAGACUCAACACCAGGUCAUCGGUGCAACCUGGAGCCAGAAGGGUGGGUACGAUGUGCAAGUCAAAGACCUCAGAAGUGGCCAGAUUGUGAAUGACCAUUGCGAUAUCUUGAUCAACGCUGGAGGCAUAUUGAAUAACUGGCAGUGGCCAGCCAUCCCUGGUUUGGAUAAAUACAAAGGCACAUUACUCCACACGGCAAACUGGGACGACAAAAUCGACUUGACAGGCCGGAAUGUUGGUCUUAUCGGGAACGGCUCGUCCGGCAUCCAAGUGCUACCCAACAUCCAACCAUACGUCAAGAAAGUCACAACCUUCAUCCGUGAGCCUACUUGGGUCUCUCCCGUCCAGGGUCUUGAGCAGCACGUCUUUUCCGAGAGCGAAAAAUUAGAAUUCGCCGCUAAGCCCGGUGUACUUCUCGAGUACCGCAAGAGCGUCGAGCGAGGCCUCAAUGGCCAAUUCGGCAUCUUCCUCAAGAACACAAACAUCAACAACGAAACAGAAGCCUACUUCCGGGAACAGAUGGCAGAAAAAUUGGGGAACAAAACUCUCCAAGAGCAACUCAUCCCAGAUUGGCAUGUCGGCUGCAGGCGGCUAACGCCCGGCGUGGGCUACCUCGAAGCCCUUGGCAAACCGAAUGUGCAUACAGUAUACGGUGAAAUCAACGAGAUAACUGAACGUGGCUGUCUGUGUGACGACGGCAACGAGUACCCCGUUGACGUGCUCAUCUGCGCCACGGGCUUCAACACAUCGUUCAAGUCCCGCUUCCCCGUCAUCAACCCCGCCGGUAUCAAUCUCCAAGAUGCAUGGGCCAAAGAGCCUCGCUCGUACUUUGGUCUUGCCGCCGCGGACUUUCCCAACUAUCUCGUCUUCCUCGGCCCCAACUGCCCCAUUGGCAACGGGCCUGUCCUCAGCGCGAUCGAAGCACAGGCCGAUUACAUGUGCAAGCUGAUCGACCGCUUCCAGACACACAAUAUUUCGACGUUUGCACCCAAAGCCGAGGCCAUUGACGACUUCAUCGCUUUCAAGAAUGAGUUCAUGAAGAAAACCGUCUGGGAAGACUCCUGUCGCUCGUGGUACAAGUCGCUGGGUCCAGACGGCCCUGUCACGGCCCUCUGGCCUGGCUCAACGCUGCAUUACAUGGAAGCCCUCAUGGAGCUGCGCCUCGACGACUGGGACGUAAAGUAUACCGGGAAUCGCUUCAACUGGCUCGGUAACGGCUAUUCGCAGACGGAAAUUGAUCCCACGGCUGACUGGGCCUUUUACGUCCGGGAUCGUGACGAUGAUGAGCCCAUGUCGAGGCUGAAGAAGCUGCGCAUGAUCAAUAUGAGCGGCACCAUAACGAGCAACACCGGUAUAAACUUUUCCGGAAAAGAUGGGGAGACACAUAAAAAGCAGUUGGAGUCGAGGCUGUGA